AUGCCGUCCCGUGCGCCCGUUGCCGAGGGUGGCGCGAAAAACGGUGAUCAGCAGAAAGGGAGACGAAGCGUUGCGGGAGGAGCGGGGAAGCUACAGCAGGAGGGUGGUGCCGGUAACACCACGAAGACGAGGACCGUGGCCGACCUGAGGGCCGCGCGAGAGUCCCGCGCGAACGAGGCCUUGAAGAUGAAGGACGAGCAACUGCGUAUUCUGCAGGACCAGAACAACCAGUUGCUGAGAAACCUAGACCGGUGGGUGGUCGAAGAGGAAGCGACCCGCAUUCAGCAGGAACGACUCACAGCGGAGGAGGAAAACCGUACCCUGAGAGAAACAGUUUUCGAGUCGCAGGGGAGAGCGAGGGCGGCCGAGGCGGCGUUGAAGAGAGUUCAAGCGGAGGCCGCAGACCGCGACAAGCAGCUGAGGAUCAUGACGGAUCAGAAUGCGGAGCUGCUACGGCUCCUGGAGCAAGAGGAGGCGCAGACUGCGAGAUUGAGCGCGGCGAACGAGGCGACGGUGAAGGAGCUAGAGGCCUUGCGCUCCAAGUACGGCAGCCUCCUCACUACUGCCAAAAGUCACGAAGAGAUGGCGGGCAGGGCAGCCAGGGAGGGACAACUCCGUGCAGAAGAGGUGCGACUUCUACGAGCGGAAUCGGAGCAGGUGAAACACCAGAACUCCGAGCUCAAGAUGAAGACGCAGGUUGAGCUGGAGUCUCUGCAAGAGCAGCUUCGUGUGCGAAAGGAGAAGCAGUACCAGCUUCUGGAGAAGCUGCAGGGGCAAGAGGAGGCCAAGCGACAGGCAGAAGAUCAGAGCAUCUCGAUGAAUAGUCGCGAUGCCUGGGAGGCAGAGUAUCCGAAGAUGCCUAUAGUGCCGAAAGUCCACCCCCUUUUGGCAGUAUGGCUCGCUUCAAAGCUGACGGGUAACACCUUCUCGGUACCUUAUUCCCUCCUGUACAUCACGAAAACGCAUAAAACCGCCAAACCAAACAAGGUGUCCAGCAUGGAAGACAAGCUGCGAGCGCUGCACGCUAGAUCGCUCGAGCUCGAGACCCAGCUCCAGGUGGAGGCGAGGGGCAGACGCUCGGCGGAGGAGGCGAACCGUGAGCUGGUAACCGGUGCGGAGAACGCGAGGCAGAGCCUACGAGAGCUCCAGGGCAAGGUUCAAAGAAGCGAGGCGGAACGUAUGAGGAUGGAGAUGGAGUCUCGGGACAGCGGGGAGCAGCUAAGAGAGAUGGCCGAGAAGGUUUUCCAGUUGCUGGAAAGGCUUAAGCUUGCCGAGCUCGCCAAGAACAAGGCGAUGGAGGCGCUUCGACACAAGGACCAGGAACUGGUCGCGAUGAAGCAGAAAAAUUCCCGCUUGAUCAAGGAGAGCACCAAGGAAGGGAAAUCCCGUGUUAAGGCGGAGCUGGACUUGCGUGUGAGCCAGGACCAAGUCUCCGCCCUGAAGAAGCAUAACGCGCAGCUGGCCUGCCGGUGCCGAGAGGAGGCCAAGGCUAAGCUCAAAGAGCACGACGAACGUGUCGAGACCCAGGACAAGGUGAAAAGGGUACCAGGUUCAGAAGUCAAGCGUACGGUCAGCUUCGGCAGUGUCGUGGGCGUCUCGAAACGGAACCCCAACUUGGUACGCACUUUGGGAGGGCGACUGUCCUUCCUGCUGAACAAGAUGCAAUCGGACGAGGAGUCCCGAGUCAUCCUCAAAGAGGAGUCUAAGAAGACCGAAGCGCAGGUGAAAUCGUUGAUGGUUCGAACGGAAGAACUACAGCGAAAGCUGGAAGAGGCCGGCGAAAGCAACCGUAUCAUAACCCAGGCGGUCAGGCUCAAGCAGGACGAGUUGGAUCAGCUCUCUGUCAUCAACAGCGCCAUCAACAGGCAGCUCAAGGCCAAAGACCCUGCUUUGGGGAACUUCGAGGACCGUCCGGAAGUUGACGGUGAGACGGGGGCGGACGGGGAGGACGGUGGCGGCGGUGGCGGCGGUGGAGACGCAAGAGACAUCGCUGCCGUUCGAGCAAGUGCAGGGCGGGGGGUGUUCUACGUGGAGUCGAAACCGGCACAGGGGCUACUCCUGGUGAAGGCGAAGCGUGCGGCUGAUCGUGAUUGGCUGAGCUGCAGAGAGGUCAACGCCUUCCUCAAGCGUGCGCAAAAGACGCCUCGGUUCAAAGAGCUGGCCGUCGAAAUGAUCUGUCAGGCGUACGCCCUGCUGCUAGUUGAGGAGGAAGAUAGGAAGGCUAAGGAGUCCGAGCUGGGCGGAAGAGCCGAGCAGCUGGAGCUCAUGUGCCGGAAGAAUGCCUACCUGCAGAACAAGGCGAGGAUUGUCGCCGUCGAUCUGUCGGACGUUGUUAUCGUGGCGGUGGAGGAGGAAGCGAAGCGGCGGACGCUGCUGAGAUAUAUUCACGCGGUCAAGGCGGCCGCGUCCCUCGGCCUGGACGAUGAAUCCCACAAGAAUAUGACGGCCGCCGUGGGACAGCCGGGGAGGGGAAUCAUCCAGAUUACGGACGAGGGCGCUUCUGCUCUAGGAGCAGUGCUGGCGGGAAGGAUGGGACUGCGGUCGGUGGACCUUCGAAGCAACAGAAUAUCCAAACAGGUGGAAGCUUUAGGGACAGGCGUUUGGGCCGCACCUCGCGGGGGAACAAACAUGGCAGGGGCAGCGGCGGAUCGAUCCUCUCCACAUCACAGCCCCGCGUCGCCGUCUGCGACAAACCCUGACGGAAGAGGAGGCACCGUUCCCUUAGUAACCGUUGAAACCGUUUGCGUCGUCGAUCUCCGAGAGAACAAACCUCCUUCAGGGGGUGGGAUAGGCGCUGCGGCUCUCACGGUGGCUAUGGAAGACCCCGCCACCCCUUUACCCUCUGCAGCGAUUUCCGGAGACGGAGGGGGUGGGGGUAGCGGGGAACCGGUGUUUGCUACGUCCGUUCUGCGUGGCAAUCUCAGCGCCAGCGUCAUUAGUAGCGCAGGCGGUGGCGGCGGGAGGGCGGGGGGGUUAGGGGGGGGUCGUAAUAAGAGUGACAAGGUGGUAGAGAAGAUGAAACGAGAGGCUGCUGCGCGAAGGAAGGCGGAGAAACGAGCAAGGGAUAGGGAGGAGCGUAGAAAUAAGCAGAUGGAGCUUGGUUGGGCUGGUCGUAGCGGGGGCUUUGACGCUCGUCCGACAAGCAAGGGUUCCGUGCAUAGCAGUAACGGCCGUGGUGGCGGCCUUCCACGAGUCAGCGGAGCAGGUGAUUUGAUCUUGUGA